ACAGAGGAGGUUUACACACCUCUCUCUUUCUCUCUCUAAAAACACCAAAAAAUGGUGCAAAAAUCCCCAAACAUGAAACAGCGCUACGCAAUUCUGCUACUUCUCCUCUCACAAUUCCCAUUCUUCGCGGCGAGCUACCACGACUACGCCGACGCAUUGUCCAAAUCGAUCCUCUUCUUCGAGGGGCAGCGCUCCGGCUACCUUCCGCCGGAUCAGCGCCUGACGUGGCGAGAUCACUCAGGUCUCGGCGACGGCUGGACCGUCGGCGCCGACCUCACCGGCGGCUACUACGACGCCGGCGACAACGUCAAGUUCAAUUUCCCCAUGGCUUUCACCACCACAAUGCUCGCCUGGAGCGUAAUCGAGUUCGGCGACCGAAUGCCGCCGCCGGAGCUCCGCAACGCGCUGGCUGCGAUCAGGUGGUCCACCGAUUAUUUGUUGAAGACGGUUGCGCAGCCUAACCGAAUUUUCGUGCAGGUUGGGGAUCCGAUUGCUGACCACAACUGUUGGGAGAGGCCAGAGGACAUGGACACUCCUAGGACAGUGUACGUCGUUGAGGCUCCGAAUCCGGCGUCUGACGUCGCCGGGGAGACAGCCGCAGCCCUAGCUGCAGCCUCCAUGGCAUUCCGAGCAUCCGACCCCGGAUAUGCUGAGACUCUGCUACGGACCUCUGCCAGAGUUUUUAACUACGCGGAUAGCUACCGUGGGGCUUAUAGCGAUAAUGCGAAUAUUAGAGAAGGGGUGUGCCCGUUCUACUGUGAUUUUGAUGGAUAUCAGGAUGAAUUGCUAUGGGGGGCAGCUUGGCUGGGAAGGGCAUCAAAUGAUGACACUUACCUCAGUUACUUGCAAAACAAUGGCAAAACACUAGGGGCUGAUGAGAACAUUAACGAAUUCGGGUGGGACAACAAGCAUGCCGGUCUAAACGUGCUCGUUUCCAAGGAGGUUUUGGAGAACAGCAAGUAUUCACUCCAGUCAUACAGAGCCUCAGCAGACAGCUUCAUGUGCACACUCGUCCCAGAAGCGACCUCCUUCCACAUAGAGUUCACCCCUGGAGGCCUCAUCUACCGCCCGGGUGGAAGCAAUCUACAGCACGCGACCACCAUCUCCUUCCUCUCGCUCGUGUAUGCAGACUACUUGGAGCGAUCAUCGCAAACUGUCAACUGCGGUGAAGUCAGCAUUAGCCCCUCAAUGCUGAGGCAGGUAGCACAGAGGCAGGUUAACUACAUCUUAGGAGAAAAUCCAACAGGCAUGUCGUAUAUGGUUGGGUAUAGCAGCUCCUACCCUAAGAGGAUCCACCACCGCGGAUCCUCUAUCCCCUCCAAGAAGGACCACCCUCAGGUGGUCGCUUGCAAGGAGGGCUCGGUCUUUUUUAACUCAUCCGAUCCUAACCCUAACACGUUGGUCGGGGCCGUGGUGGGGGGGCCGGGCGAGGAUGAUGUGUAUGACGAUGAUAGGGUCGACUAUAAGAAGUCCGAGCCAACUACUUAUAUCAAUGCUCCAUUUGUUGGUGCUCUUGCAUACUUUGCUGCCAACCCUAAUAUUGGUAGUUAGGGUGAUGAGAUUUGGAGGAUAAUUGUAUAUAGAUUUUCAGAAAGUGUUUGUUGGAUUGAGAUAGCGAAAACUGUGAAAGAAAGUCUCUCAUCUUGCUAGAAAUUGCAAGAAGGAAGAAGGCUAAAAGGUUAUAGGUUGUGAUGGCUGCAAGAUAAGUCAUUGUGUCAGUUUUCAACUUUCAUUUUGAUGUCAAAAGUAAUACGACUCCUUAAUUAGGGGUAUGUUUUAUGGUUUUAUCUUUGCAAUGAUAUUUGUAUUGUUUCUAUC